AUGCAAAUCUCUGCAGUCGCACUCUCGGGCGCGGCCUUGCUGGCCUGUGCCAGCGCGCACCAGCACGAUCGCAAGAAGCCGCAUCUGGUGGUAGUGUACGGUGAUGUCUACGUGAGCGGGACAGAUACAUUCACGAAGUACUAUUCGAAGAUGACAGACAAGCUUCCCGCGAGCGGGAGCGAUGGCUGGAGCUACUCGUGGUCGACGGCCACGUCGUGGACUUCAGACAGCGUGUCUACCGAGCCCUCUGCCGAGCCCACGUCCACUGAGCCCACCAACUUGCCCGAGGUUACCAGCUCACCCGCGACGCCUGUCCAGCCAACUAGCGCGCCCGAAGAGACAUUUGAGGAACCCACCGAGUCGACGUCUGCCGAGCCCACCAGCUCUCCCGAGCCUGUGAAGUCUGCCGAGCCCACCAGCUCUCCCGAGCCUGUGAAGUCUGUCGAGCCCACCAGCUCUCCCGAGCCUGUGAAGUCUGUCGAGCCUGUGAAGUCUGCCGAGCCUGUGAAGUCUCCCGAGCCUGUGAAGUCUCCCGAGCCUGUGAAGUCACCCGAGCCUGUGAAGUCACCCGAGCCUGUGAAGUCUGCCGAGCCCACCAGUUCCCCCGAACCUACCGGAUCCCCACAGCGCAGCAGACCUGCUGGAGGCCAGAAUGGCGCGUCAUUCGAGGAAGAGAUUCUACGCGCACACAACUCUCGCAGACAAUUACACAAGGACACCAAACCUCUAACUUGGUCUGAGGAGCUAGCCAAGUUUGCUCGUGACUUUGCCAACCAGUACGACUGUAGUGGUCGUCUCGUCCACUCUGAUAGCCCUUACGGCGAAAACUUAGCUGUGGGAUACCCUACCCCAGAGAAAGCGGUCAAGGCUUGGUAUGACGAGAUCAGCGACUACUCGUACUCCCACCCUUCCUUCAGCUUCAGCACGGGCCAUUUCUCCCAGCUUGUCUGGAAAGACACUAAGCAUCUUGGCUGUGCGGUCAAGAAGUGCGGCGGCUCCGUCGGUGACUACCUCAUCUGCUCAUAUGACCCCGCGGGUAACUUCCUGCGCAGAUUUGGUGAGAAUGUUGCACCUAUUGCUUGA